GGGAAAGGCUGACUUUGAAGAGGUUAAAGGUGCAGUGCCCGGCCUUCAUCUGACAAAUGGGUUGUCGUGAGAGGUGAGGUGACUUGUCCCAGGGCACUCAUCUGGGAGUUGGCAAACUCAGGACUUCAAUUCAGCUCCUCUCCCUCCCUGGACACCCGAUGUCUUUGGAACCGGCGACUGAGACUCCAUUGCUCAGAAAUUUGAAUAUAAAAAGUGUUAAAGCGUCACCCUUUGAACGGACUGAGGCGGGAAGCGGACAGCAGAUGGAUCCUGUGGCCAGCAGCUGCAUGAGGAGCCCCCUUCCCCCGGCUCCUGCCUGGGGCUGCCUUCGAAACCCCCACUCAGAAGGUAGCGGCACUUCGGGGCUGCCGCAUUACCCACCAACACCAUUCUUCCACCAGAAAUCAGACUUCCCAACGGCAGCGACGGCAGCGUACCCCGACUUUUCAGCCUCUUGCCUGGCAGCCACCCCCCACAGCCUGCCCCAGGAGGAGCACAUCUUCACCGAGCAACACCCCGCCUUCCCACAGCCCCCUGAUUGGCACUUCCCUGUCGCUGAAGCCCGCCAGAGGCUCACCCCUGGCCUAGCUGGGAGUUCUAGAGAGAUGGGCACCAGCAGCCCAGGCCUGGUGGACGGCCCGGGAGGCCAAGGCGAGGACUACGUGAUGCUCGGGAGCACUGCCAGCGAGACGGAAAAGAAAGCUUCCAGACGGAGAAAGGAGAGAUCAGACAACCAGGAAAGCAGAGGGAAGCCGGAGGGCAGCAGCAAGGCCCGUAAGGAGAGGACAGCCUUCACCAAGGAGCAGCUGCGGGAGCUGGAGGCCGAGUUCGCCCACCAUAACUAUCUGACCCGGCUCCGCAGAUACGAGAUCGCAGUGAACCUGGACCUCUCUGAGCGGCAGGUCAAAGUGUGGUUCCAGAACAGAAGGAUGAAGUGGAAGCGAGUGAAGGGGGGGCAGCCUGUCUCCCCCCAUGGGCAGGACCCUGAGGACGGGGACUCUGCAGCCUCUCCAAGUUCAGAGUGAGGAUCUCCAUGGAGAAGAAACAAAACAACACUAAGAACUGUGCCCCCUGCCCAAUUCCCCCACUGAGUCCCAACCUACUUCCUCCGCAUCCACCGGGGGCAGCCUCUCCACACCUUGCGCUGGGUUUUGGAUGUGAAGAUACUGGUGUGCUGCCCUCAGAAAGUGCUGCCCGGCGCUCUUCUGUCUUGGCGGCCUCUCCCCCACGUUUCUGUGGAAUCAUACAGCCCGUACCAGACUGGACAGAUCAGGAAACAGCUCCUGGGACGCUGUUCCUCAGGGUGUCUCCAUCCUCCUCCUCUAUCAGCCAGGCCUCUUCUGGGUCUGGGCACCACCUGUUGUGUGGAGAGGGGAGCCUUAAAACCAGCUGGUAACUCAUGGGAGCAAAUGCUGCAAAAGAAAUGACUGGAGACACACACACACACCCUGGCCCACUUCCCUACUUCUCCUCUCUAAGCUCUGCAUCUGAGUCCCUGGGGGAGGGGGGUUAUUCAUUGUCCCAAGACACCAAGGGAAACUGGAGUGAAGACAGUUAAAGACAGCAACUUAGGCUUUAAACCUAUUGCUGUCUCCCAGUCUGCUGAAUAGGCAAGUUACUGGCUGGAGGAGGGCAGUCCAAACGCUAGCCUGGUGGGAGCCUUGUGUCUUCUUUCCAGGCCUGUCCACACUGGCUUGACUGGGUGGAUGAGGACGAACCCAGAACAGCUCCCGCUGAUUCAGCUCAAUGCAAGCCACGGCCAAAAGGCAGAGCAGAAACUCCCACUGCUGAGGGCUGGAAAGCCGACCUUGUGUCUAAGAAUGCAGAGAGAACACAAAGUCCGAUGGACGAGGACCUAGACAUGUGGAACUCUGGAGAAGAUUCUCCGGAUAAAGUUUCCUGUGCUCUCCAAAAGACUCUGAGUGCAAAUGGUGGCAGGAAAACAGUCCUCCUCUUCCUCCACGGGAUGCACUUUAGACCCUCAUCUGUGCUCCCCAAAUGCUGCCACUGUGGGAAGAACUUCAGGGUUCACGAGUGUGCACUGCCCAGACCUCAGACCCAACAACCUAAGGGUGCCACUGUGCAGACUGAUGAGCAAAGAGCCAGAGGGAAAGGCAGCAUUGGAAAGAAACUCCCUGUGUGCCUCAGUGCCCUGGAUCUCCCAAUAGCAUCUGGUGUUGCAAAGGAAGCCAGCAAGACUGGAUCUCUUGCAAGUAUAGACUUGAUCACGUUCAUUCAUAUGUAAAAACAACCCCACCUCCCUAGCCUUUAAAAUGGCCAAAAGUUGUGGAAAGUAACUGCCAAAUAAGAUGGCUGGUUAAAGCAUGCAUCAUUUUUUUUUUAAAAAAGCAUACUUCAUAUGAUUCCCUAAGAUUACAUCAAGCUAACUGUGCAAGGUCAAUUCACUUUGUAAACAAAC